AUCCUUGAUCUAUAAUUAUUUUAGUUUUUAAUAUCUUCAAUAAUUCAAACCAAAAAGUAGUCAAGAACCAUUAAUUAAUUUAUUAACUUUGGUACUUCUUUUUGUACUUACUUUUUUGAUUGCAAGUAGAGAACUAGAGAAAGAUAGUUCCUAUAAUAUGUCAGAAUAAAGAUAUAUUUAGGGUUAUAAUGUUCUUAACUUGGUCGUCUUUUAAUAAUAUAAGAAUGCUUUUAAUGGCUUUCAUGCCUGUAAUUAUAUUCUAUUUAAUAUGGUUAGUUAACACUUCGGAAGGAAUAAGAAGUGAAGAAGGAACAUUGUUGGAUCUUAUAUGCUGGCCUGAUGGAAACGUUAUUCCUGCAAUUAUAGCAUGUGGAUCAAUUGCUGCAAUUGUAAUAGAGUUCUACGGGUUAUAUCAGCUGUUUAAAGCUGGCUUACCGAAGAGAGAAUACAACGUGACGAGCGGUCUAUUCUAUUUCAUUUGGGCGCUCAUUUUUAUAAUUAUUAUAUUUCUCGGGAUCAUGUUUUACUCUGGUCUUCAAUCUACUAUCAUCAGAGCUAAAAUAAAAGGUGGGAUAACUAAAGCAAUGCUCCGAUACACUAGUCACUUGCCCUCUAAAGUCGCAAUAGAUCGCUUGCAGACGCAUUUCCACUGCUGUGGACGAGAGAAUUAUCGGGAAUGGUUUAUCAUACCAUGGGAAACUACAGAACAUAACCCAGAAUCCAAUGUUCUUGUGGUUCGAAAGUUCGUGGCAGAUAACGUACCGUAUAGCUGCUGUUCGAUGAAUGCGAUGUGGCCUUGUAUUCACCAUGGGGUCACACAGGAGGGGACUAUUUACAAGUAUAAUCCUACUAAACAAUUAACAAUUUGGACUGAUGGCUGUGAAGAGAAGUUGAUAAGCGAGAUGAUGUCUAUCUCAUGGCGGUUCAACGCCGUUAUGGCCCUCAUAAUAAUGGCGAUGGUCUUACAAAUUAUAGCAGUGCGGUACCUUCAUACCGCUUACAACAACGGUCUGCACGUCGGUAACAAGAUAACGUGCAACGCGUACUUACUGCGUUCAACAGAUACAGAAUCCGAAGGUAUACCAACAAGAAAGGUGUUAAAAAGAAGAAAGUCCCAUAAAGCUAGAACCCUAGAGUGGGUUAUGGCGAAAUAUAGACCGAAGAGUAAAUAUACCACGUCAUCAGGGUCAGAUUUUAACAGUUCUGACGAAUUGUUGAAACCCAUGUAUGAAUAAAUAUAGUAAAAAUUUGACAUAUAUAUAUAAA